CAAAGGUGCAGGCGCGAAGCUGCCCUCUCCAGCCGUGCACUGCACCUCAGCGGCCCGUGGGCGAGAUCGGGGUCCGGGUGGGAAGCAGACGCGCAAUCGGAGAGAAGCUCCAGCAGUGGAGGAAGAGUUUGGAGAGCUUCAGCUGGGCAGAAGGGGCGCAGAGGCUUGGGGCCAAGCGGAGUUUUCCCUGAGGGUCCCGCGCAAGGCCCCAGCAUCCCGGCUAAACCUUUACCGCCGGAGCCCUGAGCCGGCGUCCUUCAAGGGGCACAGAGGGCGCCGCAGCACGCACCUUGCCCAGCGCCACCGACCCUAAGCAGCGUCAAGGAAGGAGUCCCGAUCAAGGACAGGGAUCUGGGGCCAUGGCCGAGGCCGCGGAGCCGGAGAGGGGUGCCCCAGGUCCCCAGGGGCCGCUGGAGGUCCCCGCGCCUCUGGCUGAGAAACCCGGAGAGCCGGGAUGCGCAGGCGAGGAGGCAGAGGGGCCGGAGGGCAGCGUGGGUGCAGAGGAGGCGCCAAGGGGCGCGGCCGCGGUGAAGGAGGCGGGAGGCGGCGGGCCGGACAGGGGCCCGGAGGCCGAGGCGUGGGGCACGAGGGGGGCGCACCGCGAGGCGGAGGCCGAGGAGGGAGCCCCGGAGGUUGCCCAGGUGCCCCAGGGAGGGGAGGAGACAAGCAGCGCGCAGCAGGUGGAGGGGGCGAGCCCGGGGCGCGGCACGCAGGGCGAGCCCCUCAGGGAGGCUCAGAGGGAGCCGGAGCACUCUGCGGCCCCUGAGAGGCAGGAGGAGGCGGAGCAGAGACCUGAGGCCCCGGAAGGCAGCGCGCCCGGGGCGGCGGGGGACAGCGUAGACGCGGAGGGCCCGGCGGGGGACAACAUAGAAGCCAAGGGCCGGGUGGUGGACAGCGUAGAAGCGGAGGGCCUGGCGGGGGACAGCGUAGACGCGGAGGGUCCCGCGGGGGACAGCGUAGACGCGGAGGGUCCGGCGGGGGACAGCGUAGAAGCGGGGGACCCGGCGGGGGACAGCGUAGAAGCGGGGGACCCUGUGGGGGACAGGGUAGAAGCCGAGGGCCCGGCGGGCGACAGCAUGGACGCCGAGGGUCCGGCAGGAGGGACGUGCCGGGUCUCGGGUGAGCCGCAGGAAGGAGGGGACCGCAGCCUCCCGCCCCAGGCGGAGGCAAUUGAGGUCGCAGCCGGGGAGAGCGCGGGGCGCAGCCCUGGUGAGCUCGCCUGGGACGCAGCGGAGGAGACGGAGGUCCCGGGGGAAAAGGGGUCCGAGGAAGCGGCCCCCGGGGACUCGAGGGCAGACGCUGUCGAGCACGGGGUAGGGGAUGGGCCCCAGCAGGAGUCAGGGGAGGAAGAGGAGAGGCCAGAGCAGAGCCGGGAGGGGCCAAGUGAGGAGGCCGCAGCUGGGGGCGAGGAGGAAUUCCCCGACAGCAGCCCACAUGGGGAGGCCUCCAGGUGCGCCGCGGAGCCUGAAGCCCAGCUCAGCAACCACCUGGCCGAGGAGGGCCCAGCCGAGGGUGGCGACGAGGCCGCGCGCAUGAACGGCCGCCGGGAGGACGGAGAGGCGUCCGAGGAGCGGGCCCUGGGGCAGGAGCACGACAUUACCCUCUUCGUCAAGGCUGGUUAUGAUGGUGAGAGUAUCGGAAAUUGCCCAUUUUCUCAGCGUCUCUUCAUGAUUCUCUGGCUGAAAGGCGUUAUAUUUAACGUGACCACAGUGGACCUGAAAAGGAAACCCGCAGACCUGCAGAACCUGGCUCCCGGAACAAACCCUCCUUUUAUGACUUUUGAUGGUGAAGUCAAGACGGAUGUGAAUAAGAUCGAGGAGUUCUUAGAGGAGAAAUUAGCUCCCCCGAGGUAUCCCAAGCUGGGGACCCAGCACCCCGAGUCUAAUUCGGCAGGAAACGACGUGUUCGCCAAAUUCUCAGCGUUUAUAAAAAACACAAAGAAGGAUGCAAACGAGAUUUAUGAAAAGAACCUGCUGAAGGCCCUGAGGAAACUGGAUAAUUACUUAAAUAGCCCUCUGCCUGAUGAAAUAGACGCCUACAGCACGGAGGAUGCCACUGUUUCUGGAAGGAAGUUUCUGGAUGGGGACGAGCUGACGCUGGCUGACUGCAACCUCUUACCCAAGCUCCAUAUUAUUAAGAUUGUGGCCAAGAAGUACAGAGAUUUUGAAUUUCCUUCUGAAAUGACUGGCAUCUGGAGAUACUUGAAUAAUGCUUAUGCUAGAGAUGAGUUCACAAAUACAUGUCCAGCUGAUCAAGAGAUUGAACACGCAUAUUCAGAUGUUGCAAAAAGAAUGAAAUGAAGCUGGGCUGUUUUCUUAUUUUUCAGUUGAGUGAGUGAGGAUAUGAAAAGAGUGUGUUCUAUGCAUUUCCCCCAAAUAAGUCCUUCACAAAAUAACACCUGUAGUGGGAUCCACUCAACCCCAAAUGAUACACGGCCUUGUAAUUUGUCAACUCACUCAUGUAUCUGAAUAUACCAGUAUCUGUUGCUAGACACACCAAUUGUUCAGUUUAUGUUAAUUUAUAUCUGUGACAUUCACUGACAUUGGAAUCUAUGAUAUUUAGGGCAUGUGUUUUUCAUUUUAAAUUUGAAAACAAAUUAGGUUUGGGUUCAAUUCCUUCAAUUUUUUAAAAAACUGGUCUGUCUCUGAGAGUUUUUAAAAUCAUUGAGAGCCUGUUUUUCUUCUCUAAAACAUUAGCUACAUUUUUUUUUUCAAAAUGAAAAUACUGCUUUGUAAUUACAAACUGAGACACACCUGUCUUGAUAUUUUAAAGCAAUGUCAGAGAGUGUAAAGAAGGACAUUUUUAAAAUCACCUACAAUUUUACUCCACUUAAUUACUGAAAACUUACUGGAGAACAUCUUCCAAAUCUUCAGUAUCUUGCUCUCUCUCUCUCUCUGACACACACACACACACACACACACAAUUUCAUUCAUAUAUGGUGUUGCAUUAUUUUAUUUUAAAGCACUGGUGAGAGGACCUCUUGGUAAUACCUGGAUGAUCAUACACAGAGGACUUACACCAUACAAAAAGAUUGGGCACUGCAGUAUCAGAGAAGAUGCUUGAGGUUAGAUUUUAAGGAGUGGGGAAUUGUGGAGCCCACAGAUGCGCAUGCAAGGACCAGCAGGAACCAGAAGCCCUGGGUCACCCCCACUCUGCCUCAUUUCUGCUUCCAGGAUGCCACUGCCUCUGCUUCGAGGAAAGGCAAGGAGGAGGGUGCUUAUCGGUGCCUCUGGUUCCAGCUUCCUGUCCUUGCUCCCUCCCCUCUCUUGGAGACUGUGCCUUCAGCAGGACUCUUAAUAUCUGCUGCAACUUGGAGAACCCUCCUGCCCUGAAACGUGAACCAAGCACACCUUGGUUCCUUCUCCUGGCGGCUCUCUCUGAGACCCAAGGCUGCAGUCCCUCAGUGCUGGUGGUAUCGUGUGGGGCUAGCACGGUCACUGAUGUUUUUCUGCCCUUCAUUGUCUCAUCUAGACAUCAAGCAGGGAAAAUCCAGGGAGAUUAAAUUCAUGGUGACAAGUCCUGGGCAGUUCUGGUAAAUGGUCCAGUUAGGGAGGAAGUAGAAACUAUUGACUCAAAAGAGUUUCUGGCUGAUUUGUGGCUUUGCCUCCACCGUCCCUAACCAACCUCUCAUCACAGCUUUGUGUGUGGGCCGAGUGCCGGCCUUAACCCCAGGCGUGGAAGAGAAAAUGUGAGGUUGUUUAGAUACUCAUCAGGACCUCACAGGAGCUGAGCCUUAUCGGCCAGAAUGUGUUCCUCGGACAUUCGCACACAUCUUACUGAAAACCCUCCUGGUAGAGUUGGUUGUGGUAUGUGUUUGAUGCUAUAAAGCUCAUUUUUAAUGUGCACACCUGCUCUAGGGGCAAUUUAUUUGAAAGAGAGUAAGAUGCAUUAACAGAAACUAUCCUGGGAUUAAGUGAAAAAUGUCUAGCAAAAGAAACAAAGUCUUUAAUAGAGUGGUCUCUUUCUCCCCCCGCUUAUGACUGCUGCAGUUUUACCCCAGCAGUCGGCCAUCUUUGUCAACCAUACGUUUUUUGGAGGUUGUGUCUAGCAUGUGUCACCCUUGUCUAUGUUGUUUCACAUCUGGUUAGGGGGCAGAUUUUAAAAUGUAGUUUUGUAAUGUUACAUUUAAGCAUGAUGAAUUAUUAGACUACCAGAUGUUACUAGUGCUAACUUUGUAUUCUUAGACAUUAAAAUGAUUGACAUAAACUCUUUGUGCCUUGAAAAGGAAACAAAUUAUAAAAAUGUUUAAAUGGAACCAA